UUUCAGAUAUUACGAGAGCCUUGAAUACUCGUUGGUCAAUCAACUUGGGAUGAAGUUUAUUUGGAUUAUUCUAGCGUUUCUGUUCCUGGUCACGUCAACUGAUGCAUUUCCAUUCUUUGAUAGAUUCUCGCUUACAAAAGAUGAUACAGAGACAACAACGCCGACUGUGAUUCAUCAUCGACACAGAAAACACCAUUACCGUCAUAAACAUCGCCGUCGCAGUUUAGCCUCCAAAGAAGAGGCGAAAGCACGUCGAAAUAAGCAUUUACUUCUUACAAAACCAUAUUGGCCAUGGCCUUGAAGAAUUCGUAUGGCGUUCCCUGAAGAUUUUGGAACCUAAUCGACGACAUCGGAGGGGGUGCAAAACACCAAAGGAAUGGAUAUUGGCUCUACAUCGCGGGACACUCCUUGGUUGCGUUCAGAGUUGCUCGUGCCAGCACCGUGCCAGCGCCGUUCCAACGCCUACCACGUCCAUUGAUCAGUGCGGGGCGAACUUACGUGGAUUCUUGCACACAGGGCCAGCAUUAGGUUGGCACAGCAUUGGCACUAAUUGGCACAGCGUUGGCACGGCGUUGGCACCUCGUUGGCACAGUGUUGGCAUGGACGACCCUGGACGCUGCUUCAUACUCAUCCAUAAAGUUGGGCUCGCUCUGUGUGCAUGUUACUGUAUUCUUCUUGUCCUUGCCAUUCAUUACCAGCCAGGACAACUGAUACAGAAACUAAGCGAAAAAUGUGAUAUUUCUGUUGUGCUGCAUCGCGAUGCCCAUAUCUUCUCCCACUAGAAAUUCUAUCUUCCCGACGAGAAGCUUCCAUAACUCAAGGCAUAAACUGGUAAUGCUCUUAAUCUGUCUCUACUUUUCACUUUACAAAUCCUAUCGGUGGUUGUUAAGAAACGCUCAUGUAUCAUAUCGAUCUCAUGUACGAUAAUAAGCAUAUUUAUUGCUAGGGAAAUAUUUGUUGUAUUUUCUGUUCACGUUUUCUGCUUAUGGUUAAUAAGAAUUGCAAAAUCGCAUAUUGUGAGGGUAUCGCUGUUAUUGGAAU